UCGUGGAGGCCCAGCGGGUUCCGGGUGACCCCAGGCCCCGGGCGUGGCGACGCCGGCUUGGCUGUAGGGUCCGAGCUCCCGGACUCGGCGCCCCAGGUGUCCGGGCUCCGGGCCCCUAGGCUGGCCGGCAUGAAGCUCCUGUGCGUGGUGGCUGCAGUCGGCUGGCUGCUGCCACCCCCCGCCCCCCCUCCGCCCCCGGCCCAGGCCAACGAGAGCUCCGAGGACUCGAGGAGCAAGUGCGUCUGCCCGCCGUACAGAGACGUCAGCGGGCACAUCUACAGCCAGAACGUGGCGCAGAAGGACUGCAGCUGCCUGCGCAUGGCGGAGCAGGCGCCGGUGGACGCGGAGGCCGACCACCUGCUGUACGAGUGCCACUACGAGGAGCGCAGCUCCGCCACCAUCAAGGUCACCACCAUCAUCUGCCUGUCGGGGGUGGGGGCCCUGCUGCUCUACACGGCCUUCCUGACGCUGGCGGACCCUCUGAUCCGGAAGCACGCCUACACCGAGCAGCUGCACAACGAGGAGGAGAGUGAGGACGCCUGCGCCAUGGCGGCCGCCGCCGUGGCCCCGCAGGGCGGCCCCCGAGCCAACACGGUGCUGGAGCGCGUGGAGGGUGCGCAGCAGCGCUGGAAGCUGCAAGUGCUGCAGCAGAGGAAGACCGUCUUCGACCGGCACAAGAUGCUCAGCUAGGCGGGCGCCAGCCGACGGAGCUGGGCCACGUCCCCCUCAGGCCGCCGUCCUGGUGUGCCCUGUGCAAGCACGUGGCCGGUCCCCUGUCUUCUCUGUCGCCACCGAUCGGCAGGCCAGUGGGGAGCGAGGCGUUCGGCGCUGCCCUCCGGCUCCCAGUGUCUGGAAGGCUCUUACCUCCGGAGGGCGGAGCAGGGCCGUCGCCACUCUGGGGGGACAGCCACCGGCCGUCAGCACGCCGGGACCCUGGCCCCUCCCCGCCAUGGUCCCCCACCGGGCGGGCAGAGCCGCUG